AGAGAAAGUUUGUAUGCGGAAUAAAAACUUUGCCAUAGUAACCAUUGUUUACUAUUAAAUUUGACAUUGUGAUUGAUGUUUAAAUAAACGUUUUACCACGCGUGCGAAGUCGCUGGCGGAUAGCUAGUUAUAUAAAAACAAAGAGUCAAUGUGUAGGUAGCGGGUUGUUUCAGUAGUGUGCGUUUAUUUUAGCAGGGCAGGAGGCAAAAGCUAUUUUAGUGCACCCAGUUUUAUAAGGCGAUGAAGCAUAUGGAAUAUACAACGGCUUAUAUUAUUAAUGAAGUAUCAACAGUAGCAGUAAUGUGGUCAGUUUCAUUAAGAUAUCGGUAGUGACAGUUGCUCCAAGAAAUUGUAUUAUUAGCGUUUAUGUUACGAACAAUAGUAAUAGUUUCAUUUGAGAUAGCAGCUGAGGCAACGUUCGCUAUAUUGAAAAAUGUAACUUUACCUAUUUGAUAUUUUUGAUAAAUCGUGUGUGUGAUGUCAUGGUGAUGUUGUAAGAGUCAAUCAGUUAGAUAAUAGUGUUGUUUUGUACUCAAGCAAUUUUGUUUGUUUUUAGGGGAACGGACUUUGGGAUUAGCAUUGUAAUUAUGGUUGUUGUUUUGAAAACAUUAUUUAUAGUAAGUGGAUUGCUUUUGUUGUCAUGUGAUAGUGCUGUGGUGGUCACGAGUGAACCGAGAAUAAUGAAUGACCGUCCUAUAAUAGGCAUUCUUUCCCAAGAACAACAUUACCGUUUGAAAGAUAAGUACUCUGAGGAUAAUUACACUAGUUACAUUGCCGCUUCUUAUGUGAAAGGCGUGGAGGCUUCAGGGGCGAGAGUGGUGCCGAUACUCAUCGGUAAGAAUCGUGGUUACUAUAGAGAUCUCUUGGGAAAGAUAAAUGGAGUUUUGUUCCCCGGAGGCGCCACGUGGUUCAAUCAAUCAAAUGGAUACGCGGACGCCGGCCAGCACAUAUACGAGAUUGCUCAGGAGCUGAACGACGCCGGAGACUACUUCCCCGUGUUUGGCACGUGCCUUGGUUUCGAAUUACUAGUUAUAUUGGCAUCGGGCAGACAGGAACCUGAAAACAGGGUCACAUGUCGCGCUUACGGAAAUUUUCCUAUAAUUUUUACUAGGGAUUACCGGAGGAGCAAGCUGUUUAGUCGUAUUACUGAUAAAGUUGCGGACGUGCUGGAAAAAGAGGAUGCCACUAUAAACGUUCAUCAAUUCUGUAUCGUAGAUGAAGUGAGUUCCGUGAGUCGAGUGGCGUAUGCAUUGUUGUAGUGAUAACAAUACCCACACCUGCGAUUGUUUUACAUUUUAUUAAAGAUUAAGCACAUCCUUAUUGAUUACCGUACUUAACAAUACAUAA